AUGCACCACACCCAUCCCGACCUGCACCUGCCCCCGUCGUACCCGGGCCUCGUGACACCACACGCCACGCCCACGGCGUCGCGCGGUUCCGACGCGAGCGCGCACUCGACUGCGUCAUCGUUGGCCGCCGCGCUGGCCGCGACAGACGCGUACGCGCCGCCCCCGCCCCCCACCGGUCCCGGCGGCCUGGACGGCUUUGAGACGUUGCCCGAGUACACGCCCAAGGACGCCGAGCUGGAGCGCCGCGAGUCGAUCACGCGCACGCGCUGGGCCGAGCGCGAGGCGGCCAUCGCGGCCAUGUGGGCCGAGGAGGCGCGCGAGCGCCGCGAGCGUGCCCAGCGCCGUGCGAGCCAGCCCAUGAAUGCCCUCGAGCGCUGGAACCGCUGGUCGGCCAAGUUCUACAUGCCCAUCCUACACCGCUGGCCGGCGCCGGCGCCGGGUCAACACCACUGA